CUGCACUCUGGGAUUCUUCUCAGCGUGGAAGUCACGACGUCUAAGGGGCGCCGCCACUCGCGUCCAACCACCUCCUAGACGCCUAUAUGACGUCAUCUCCCCUCGCGCCCCGGCCCCUCCCCUUCUUGCUUCCGGUCUUCCUCUUCUCCGCUAUUGGCACCGACGAGGGCUCGUCCGGUCCUCUGCCCCGUCUCAUUGGCCGGACCUGUGGCCUCGCCCCUCAAAUGAUGGCGGCCCCGGUCUGCCGCCGGUGGUCGCAGCUGCUCUGGACCGCAGGGCGGAAGGAAGCCCGGGCCAGCUCCGCCGGCGGCGGCGGCGGCUCCUGGACCGGAAAGAACGAGGCAAGCGGCGGCUCGUCCCGGUACUCACGCACGGCGUUGUACGACUUGCUGGACGUCCCGGUCACGGCCACGCAGGCGCAAAUCAAGGCGGCCUACUACCGGCAAAGUUUCCUCUAUCACCCCGACCGCAACGCAGGUAGCCCUGCGGCAGCGGAGCGUUUUACGCGCAUCAGCCAGGCCUACGUGGUGCUGAGUAGCGCCUCGCUGCGCCGCCAGUACGACCGCGGCCUGCUGGGUGCCGAGCACGCGCACGCCGUUGCGCGCGCGCCCACGCAGUCUCCCAGGCCCGCGCCCCCACGCGCCUCCUCCUCUGCCACGCGCGCACGCCCGAUGCCUGGGGGCCAGCACAUGUUCGAUUUCGACGCCUUCUACCGCGCUCACUAUGGGGAGCAGCUAAUGCGGGAGCAGCGCCAGCGGGCCCAGCGUGAAGCCAUGCGCAAGAAACAGGAGGAGCGGGCCCGCUCAGGGCCACGCUGGGACGAGAGUGUAUUUGUGGGCCUGCUGGUGCUAGUGGGCUUCCUAGCCAUAGUGCACUUAAAGUAGCCUAGAGCCUGGCCCUGACCUUGACCUUGGCCCCCGCUGGGAGGGAGGGGAAGGAGGGGGAUGGCAGGGGCUCCCCAGGUUCGGCAGCCUGCCUCAGGGGCUCACCAGAUCCUGUAGGCACUUUGGAGCCCCGCCCUCAGCCAUGUGCCUGCCUCAGCCUUGUCCCCAAGUAUCAUCUCUGCAAAAUGUCACCCAAGGGAAAAGCCAAAUGAACCACAUCUGACAAAUCCAAGGGCCUUUGUCGUUGUUAUCCGUCUGGAGAACCCUGGGGAAGCAGGGAAGGGUCAGCUGUUCUGAGAAGAUGGUAAAAUGGGUAAGGUGGGACUUGUGGGAAGGUCAAAUCCUGCCUCCAAAAGUUGGCUCCUUGGAGACCCUGAGCAGCUCACUCAUACCUUUCCCUCCCCUGGAAAAUGGGAGGAAUGAACUCAAUGGCCUCUAAGGCCCCUUUGAAAUAAGAUUUCCUCAUUGGUGUCUCCAAUCCAACCUCCACCUCCCAUCCCUGUUUUCUGGGUGGCUCUGUGGCUUGGCACAAAGGACUUAAACACAUCUCCUCUGAACAGUGCCUCGAUGAAAGCAGAUGGCCAAACUAGAUGACCUCUUAAGGUCCAUUCUGUUUCAGAGAUCUGUGGGAUUCAAAGCAGGGCUUUUCUUGAAGUGGAUGGUGCCAAUGGAGUCAACUUUGCCUUUUCUCCACACUAGUUUAACAUAAUAAAAAGUAUUCCUGAA